CCUGCACUCAGCGUGGAACGACCCGCCCCUCACCACCGGUGGCACCACCCUCCCCUGCGAGAGUUUUUGGCCUCACCCUCGAGCCAGCCCUAUGAGAACUGCCCUAUUAGAACUGUCACAUUAGGCCCUGGUGUUUCCCUACAGUCCCAUCACAGAGACUGCUGCAUCCCCCACCUCCAUGUCGAACCAAACACCGGCAGAGCCUGCCGGCUUCCUGGGAGGAUUCGCCCGGGAUGUCAUGUCCUCAUUCGUCGUCGUGAACCCAAGCGACUCUCAGCCAUGGCCGCCUAUCCUGGCUGCCCCAGCCGUACUGCACAAUCUCAAGUUCUAUCUCGGCACCUUUGGUACGGGCGUGCUCGCUCUGGUCCUUGCAUAUAUGAUUGCCAAUGCAGUAUACUUGGUCACCUUCCAUCCAUACGCGAAAUACCCGGGCCCAUUCUUGGCCAAGUUCACGAAAUUAUAUGGCGCAUAUCACGCAGUGAAGGGCGAUCUUCAUCUCGACAUGUGGAAAUGCCACCUUAAGUACGGUGACUACGUUCGUUAUGCUCCCAAUCGUCUUCUGGUCAACACGACCGACGGCCUCAAAGAAAUCUACGGCAGCGCCAAACAGAUUCAAAAGUCCCCCGACUACCACACAAUGACUAUGCGUGUGGCCAGCACAUUUACAGAGACCGACAAGAAGGCACACGAACGCAAGCGGCGUAUCGUCAGCCACGGGUUCUCCGACAUGGCGCUCCGCGCCUACGAACCCCGAAUAAUGGACAAUGUCGACAAAUUGAUCAACCGGAUGCUGUCAAACGAAACGGGCUCGGACGGCUGGACUGAGUCCAUCAAUAUGGGCGACUAUUUCGGGGACUUUGCUUUCGACGUCAUGACAUCGGUGAUCUACGGCAUCUCGUACAACCUCCAAGAAAGCUCCAAGUACCGCUUCAUCAUCCCGGCCAUUUCUUUGGUCAAUUUCCGCAUCGGCAUCCUUUCCCAAGCACCCAUCCUGGCCUGGCGCAAAAUCGACCGAUACGUUUUCCGUAAGGCAAUCAGGGCGCGAAACGUCUUCCUGGGAUUUGUCGGAAAGCUACUCAAGGACCGCAUGAAGGCUACCAAUAUCACCGGCGACGCGUUCACCAUCCUGUUCCAGUCUCGCGACGACGAAACCAAGCAGCGUCUGACACAAGACCAGCUGAAUGCAGAGAGCAUCAACUUUGUCGUAGCCGGCUCCGACACCACCGCGACCUCACUAUGUGCGACGAUCUUUUAUCUCACCCGAUACCCGGACGCAUACGCGAAGGUAGUCUCGGAAAUUCGCAGCGCCUUUCGUUCCAGCGAAGAUGUCCGUCUGGGUCCUGCCCUGAAUUCCUGUGAGUACCUCCGCGCCUGUAUCAACGAAGCGAUGCGCAUGUCCCCGCCGGUGGGCAGUGCGCUGUGGCGGAUGGUCCUGCCCGGUGGUCUCUCGAUUGGGGACAAAUACAUCCCCGAGGGAUGCGAGCUGGGAACGGGAAUCUACAGCAUCCACCACAGCGACAAGUACUACCGCGACCCGUUCGUCUUCCGCCCGGAGCGAUGGCUUGCAAAUGGCUCUACCUCUACCUCAUUAUCGUCGGAGGAAGCCGCCCUGGAGCUGGAACAAGUCCGAGCGGCCUUCAACCCCUUUUCGCUCGGGAUGCGAGGUUGUAUCGGGAAGAGCCUGGCCAUGAACGAACUCAUGCUCGCCCUUGCGUCCUUGUUUGUGAGAUGCGAUGUACAGACGAGUCAUUGUAACAAUUCUCGUCUCGGGGAGGGAUCCAGCAGCAACGUGUUUGGUCGCCAUCGCGUCUUUGAGUAUCAGGUCAAAGAUUGGCUCAUUGCCUGUCGGAAUGGGCCCAUGGUCAAGGCCAGAGCCUGGUCGAGGGAAGGAGAUGAAUGAGGAACUAGCAAAAUGCGAUGGGGGGAGUGGAUUGCUGGAGAUGAGAUUUGCAAAGACUGUUAGCCCGGGGUUGAUUUCAGUUCAUCGUUGAGUAGCAUAGUUAGUCCGCGUCGCCUAGUCCACCCUUGUAUGCCUCUGCUUUACUCGGUACGUCACUAAGAUGGUUGGAGGAUUGCGAGAAUCAUGAUCCGUCAGCAAUUUAGACAGGAAUGAAAGAAUAAGAGCUCCUUCAUAAGAAC